AUGGAUUCUGAAUCCUCAGAUGCUUCUGAACUUAGCGCUGAUAAAUUUCGCGUGCUUGUUCAAAGCGCAAAUCGGAAGAAUAAGAAGCGUGCUGGUGGCUUUCAAGCAAUGGGUCUAAGUCGGGCUGUUUUCAAUGGAAUCGCUCGGAAGGGUUACAAAGCUCCGACCCCCAUUCAGCGGAAGGCCAUUCCUGUCAUUCUUUCCGGUCGUGAUGUUGUUGCUAUGGCACGCACUGGGAGUGGAAAAACGGCAGCUUUUCUCAUUCCUCUAUUAGAGAGGUUAAAAUGCCAUCGGGAUACUGGUGCUAGGGCGCUGCUUCUAAGUCCCACUCGUGAGCUUGCUAUGCAGACGCUUGCUUUCACGAAGGAUAUUGGGAGAUUUACGAACCUGAUUGCUGCUGUAAUUGUUGGAGGCGAUAAAAUGGAUGACCAAUUCAUGGCGAUCCACCAAAAUCCUGACAUAAUAAUCGCUACACCCGGUCGCUUGCUGCAUAUUAUAAUGGAAAUGGACCUUACUCUGAAGUCAAUUGAUUACGUUGUGUUUGACGAAGGCGAUAGAUUGUUUGAGUUGGGUUUCGCCGAUCAGUUGAGAGAAACACUUAAUAGACUACCAACGAAACGUCAAACUCUUAUCUUUUCAGCCACUCUUCCUGGCGGUCUGUUAGAGUUUGCUCAGGCCAGCCUUACAGAACCAGCACUCAUCCGACUAGAUGUUGACACGAAAUUGAGCAGCCAGCUCAAACUGGCUUUCAUUACCUGUCUUCCAUACGAAAAAGAGGCUCUUGUCAUACAUCUCCUUAAGACCAUUAUUCCGGAAAAGGAGAAGGUUGCAUUAUUCUUUGCCACAAAACACCAUGUUGACUACAUGGAAUUGGUAUUCAAAGAGGUCGGAAUUGAUUGUACUGUGGUACACUCUGGUUUGGACCCGGUAGCUCGAAACAUGGCGGUGAGUAGCUUUCGUAAUGGUCGGGUGAGGUGUCUCCUCGUAACAGAUCUCGCUGCCCGCGGAAUUGACGUUCCAUUGCUUGACAACGUCAUUAAUUUCCACUUUCCCGCCCAAGCCAAACUCUUUGUUCACCGUGUCGGUAUGUUUUACUGUGUUUGA